AUGGGCGAUUUCAUGGCUGCAAAUGACCUGGUGGAUCCGGGCUUCUCUGGCCCGGCCUACACUUGGUCUAACAAUAAGGAUGCGAAGAGCCGGAUUUUUUGUCGGCUGGAUAGGUUUUUAGUCAGCUCGGCUUUGCUGGACAAUUAUCAGGGGCUGAAGGUGCUUCACUUAACAAGGAUUGCGUCGGAUCAUUGCCCCAUUCUCUGCUCUAUGAUGGAGGGUUGUAAAAGGAAUUAUACGCAUUGGAUUAAGUUUGAGGAUGUGUGGGCUACAUUUCCGAGAGCUUGGCAAAUUGUUUCGAAGAAAUGGAAGGUGCAGGAUAUGGGAUCGGAGGCGAUCAAGCUACAAAAGAAAUGUAAACGAUCCUUAAGGGCUCUUUUCUUCUGGAGCAGGAACAAAAUCAAGAUGUUAAAACAGUUGAAGGAUGACCUUGAUAGGGAGAUUGCUAUUCUCCAGGAGAUUGAAUGCUCUCCAUCUGGGCUAUCUGAGACCCAAACCGAAACAUUGAGAUUUAGGGUGCAGUUAUUAAAGGCUAUGCUGGCUAGAAUUUCGUUGUGGUGGGGGCAACGUGCGAAGGUGCGGUGGGUUGAGGAGGGGGAUGGGAACACCCGGUUCUUUCAUUCCAUGGCUUCCGCAAGGUGGCGAUCCAACCAAAUUGAGCAGCUGAACCUUCCGAGUCGGGCGACUGCAACAGAGUAG